GCUAAGCUAGUUCUAAGAAUUCAAUGGCUUUCAAGAAAUCCUCUGGUAAACUGUCACAAGCAGCAGUUUUGAAGCAAAUAGUGAAGAGGUGUUCAAGUUUGGGUAGAAAACACGAGCAAAGCUACGAGGACGUCCCCAAAGGCCACUUUGUCGUGUACGUUGGCGAAAACCGCACCCGAUACGUCAUCCCCAUCUCCUUCUUGUCUCGACCCGAGUUCCAAACCCUACUUCACAAAGCCGAAGAAGAGUUCGGGUUCGAUCACGACAUGGGUCUCACCAUUCCGUGCGAACAACAAGUUUUCGAGUCUCUUACCUCCACGCUUCGCUGAAAACCCGACCCUCCCAUCGACUACUCUUUUCCCUUUCGUCCUUCGAUCAAUUCUUCUGUUUUUUUUUUCAAGAAAGACUCGAAAAAUCGUGUUGAUGUCGUCUUGGUGAUUCACAGAAGAUGCCAAGAACGAGUUUUGAAUGUUGAUUUUUUGAGAAAACCCGACCAUGUAAACAGGCGAAGGCGAAUGUUGAUGGAACAGGUUUAGGGUUUUGUGAUCGGAAGAUCAGGGUUUUCGAGUCGAAGAUGAUGGUCCAAGAGAGAUCGACAAAGUGGGUGCGAAGGAUUUCCGCGACCCGUGUAGGAAUGUAUCUAACCAUUCAGCUAGAGAAUGUUAAAAGAUCAAUCGGCUACAGAUAAAGGGUACGGUUUUUAGAAUACGUUACAAGUUUUGAGUUCAUAAAUCAUGUAAAUUCAACAUGUAACCAAAA